AUGUACUUAUUAAAACAAAUAAACACAGCGAUUACUCGCCAAGCCAAUGCGAGUCGUCACAUUUCGAUAUUAACAGGAAUGAACAGAGUAAAUAAAUCAACGACUUUGCAGUUACUGUCGAAAGUAUGGAGCGGACAAUCUGGAGUUCUAGCUGGAAAACAGGCUGAAGAAAAAAUGACUUCAAUUUUGAGAAAUAAAUUUCCAAAAGCUCAAACUAUUGAAGUUAACGAUAUUUCAGGCGGAUGUGGAGCCAUGUUCGAAGUAAAUGUUAUUACUUGUGAGUUCGACGGACUAAGUACUGUUAAGCAACAUCGACUUAUCAAUGAUACUCUUAAAAAUGAAAUCAAAGAUAUGCAUGGAAUAAGAAUUAGUACUGGAUUGCCAGAUUCUUCAUAA